AUGAGUGUAGGUGAUGGGGGUGUUUCUGUAGGUGAUGGAGGUGUUGUUGUAGGUGAUGGGGGUGUUCCUGUAGGUGAUGGUGAUAGGAGUGUGCCUGUAGGUGAUGGAGAUAAGAGUGUGCUUGAGGAUGAGGGUGACCAAUCUGUGGAUGAGGACUUUUGUGCAAGUAGGGACACUGACAAUGGUUUUGAUGAUAUCCUUUUUGAAGAAUAUGUUGAGGUAGAUGAGUAUGUGGAGGGGCCUAAACAGAAAGAGAACCAACAUGAGGUUGAUGAUGAAAUGUCCACUGACAGUUCCAGUUCCAAGUGCACAGAGGAUAGCAGUCAUGAUGAUUUCUCUAGUUGCACAGGGCUUCACCGUGCUGUACGACCAGCUUCCAGAGAGCCGUCGGAUGUGGCGGCGGCCUCUUCUUCGAGAGACGCGAUGAGUUCUUCCUUGUUUUCGCCUCCUUCUAGAUUGUCAAGGUAA